AUGGGUGGGCAAUACUUUGCUCCUGUACCUACUCACGCUCAAAACUACGGCAAUGUAUACAAUCCAGUUCCACCCGAGCAAUUCUAUUACUAUCAGUGGGCUCCGGGGCACAUGCCAAUUCAACAAUACCCCCAGCAAGGGUACAACGCUUCUCCACCAAACACUCCUCCUCAAUCAGGUAUGCAAUAUGGGUAUUCAAUUCCCCACCAUGUCGAUUUGCAUCACGGUGCGGCUUUACUACCUCCAACCCCCCCACAUCAGCAUCAGGUUUACACUGGAGUCUCACCAGUAGUUGCCUCAAACGAGUCGGACCGGAAGCCGUCAUGGUCAUCAUUGGGUAUAGUCGAAAGCCCAACUACCCCAUUCACAGCUGUCUCGGAUGCUAGUGGAAGUCCCCUUAUUGUUGGUAGCUAUGUUAAACCUGUUAGCACUGAUGGGAUGAAAACAUACGGGCUUCCUCAUAUCACAAGUGGGAGAGUAGAAUCAUUAAUUAGGGGUGGACCACCUCUUCCAGAGCCUAUUUCAACAGCGUUCUCGGGCGAGGCAACAAAAUCCAUGGGAGAAAAUUUGGAAAAUCCUACUCAUACAACAAAUGUCUAUAUUCGAGGGUUGCCUCCAGACACAGAUGACGAUAAGCUACUCGAGAUGGUUCGAAGAUUUGGUGCAAUCAUUUCACAUAAAGCCAUAAUGGAUACAGAGCAUGGCACUUGUAAAGGUUAUGGUUUCGCGAGGUACGAAAGCAUUGGUCAGGCUGAAGAUUGUAUCAGAGGCCUGGUUAGUCUUAAAUACGAGGCGGGUUUUGCUCGAGAAUCGUUUAAUGCUCGUCUUAAAACACUUGCGGACCCCAACUCUACAAAUAUAUAUGUCUCAAAUCUUCCACGUAGUAUGAACGAGAAGGAUAUGCAGGAUAUUUUUGAGGGAUAUAUUGUCGUCUCAAAUAGAAUCUUGAGGGAUACUGCUGGAAACAGCCGUGGCGUAGGAUUUGCACGUUUUGAGGAUCGCAAUAUCUGCGAUGAAAUCAUCAAGGUCUUCCAUGGGAAGCUGGUUGGAGAAGAGCAGCUUCCCCUACAAGUUCGUUACGCGGAUACCAGUGCCCAGAAACGCCUCAAAGCCACCACGACAAAGAAGAGGCAAUACAGAAGCAACGAAUAUAACAACAGCGUCGUCAAUGCUGCGUGUUAUAUGCCACCUAACGAUUCUGUGCAUCAUCCCCCCGUCCAAUAUAGAAACCGUGUAUGGCAUCGGCAUAACUCAAUGAUAUCAAACUAUUCUAGUGACGCUGGGGUUACUUUGGAACGUGAUGCCCACGAAUAUGAUGAGAAUGACGAAAAUUACGCAAACGAGAAUGUUAAACUGGAGACCGUACACGAAAACGGAGACGACGUCUCUUCGUCUGACGAUGGCUCUGAUCUAACCACUGUUCCAUCUCCCCUUGAGCUGAUCGCGAAGUGUUCUUCUGGAAGCUUUUCAGAUCCUGGAGAGAGCUAUGGAGGUCUCGAGUCGGUUUAA